AUGUCUUCCAACAACCUCGCAAUCAUCGGAGCAGGACUAUCCGGCCUGGCUCUCGCACUGGCUCUACACAAGCAAGGCAUUCCAUGCACCAUCUACGAGUCGCGACAUGCCUCUCUCGACAUCGGCGGCGCCAUCAUGCUUUCCCCCAAUGCACUGCGCGUGCUCAACGCAGUGGGCAUCUACAAGACCAUCAAACCACUAGGCUUCGAAUUCACCAGCCUUUACUUCUAUACUGACAAACCCCUCGACACAUUCGAAUUCGGAGACCGCGAGAAGUACGGAUACGAUGCUCUACGCAUCUACCGCUAUGAAUUGAUCGAUGCCCUCCUGGCCGCGACCAAAGAGAAGAGCAUUCCCAUCAAAUACGGCAAAAAGUUCGUCAAAAUUCUAUCCGAGACCGAGACCGAAGUUACCUGGGAAUUCGAAGACGGCACAACCGGCAGCGCAGCAUGCCUCGUCGGCGCCGACGGAAUCCACUCUCGAGUCCGAAAGCACCUCUACCCCGAUCUGGAGCCGCGCUUCACCAACGCAGUCGGCGUCACAGCUGCCGUUCCAACGAAACAGCUGGUCAUUCCGGAAUCUUACAACCUGCCCUUGACAAUCAUGAACCCCAAGCGCGGAGCCUUCGUCAUCGCGCCCCAACUCUCAGACGGCUCAGAGGUGUUGAUCGGCAAACAGAAGCGAGCCGGCGGACUGGACCGCGAGGGAUGGAACAAACUAAUGGAUGAUAAGCAGUGGUGUGUUGAUUUCCUGCGCGAGGGGUCUGAGGAUUUCCCCGAGAUCGUCCAAACGGCCGUGUCCAACAUCUCGCUGAACAAGAUUAAUCUCUGGCCUUUCUAUGUCGUACCCAAGCUUGAUACGUGGGCUUCCAAGCAUUCCAGCGUUGUGAUUCUUGGUGAUGCUGCACAUGCGAUUCCGCCUACAGCGGGGCAGGGUGUUAAUCAGGCCUUUGAGGAUGUUUAUACGUAUGCGUUGAUCUUUGCUAAGUGUCAGGGGAAGAAUCUUGAACACGGCCUCAAGGUGUGGCAGCAAGGUCGACAGGCGCGAGUUGAUUUGGUGUUGGAGCUUAAUGCGCAGAUUGAUGCGCGGAGGAUGCCGAAGGAUCCUGGAUCACUCUCUACGGAGUUGGAGAGUAAGCCUUUUGAUUUGGCUUGGCUUUAUAGUCCUAACUUUGAGGAUAUGGUGGAUAGCUGGCUGGAAGAGAGCUCUACCUCAUGA